UAUUUUAUCGAUAUACAACAAAACAACAAAACAGGGUUAUUUGUGUUAAAAUGUAACUUUAUUUUGCUAAAAUGAAACUGCCUCAACAAGUAAAUUACUAACUAACUACGCAACAUUGUAAUCAUUGCAAAAUUGCAACAAAGUUUUGGUGGAUUCGCAUUUGUUUGCUUGUGUGGGUGUGUGGCCGCCGCUGGGACUCCGCUGUUGUAAUGGCUUUGCGAUUUCCAUGUCCAUGUCAAAGCGCAUGGGAGAGGAUGGCGUGUGGCAGCCUCUCGAGCUGCAGCUCCGCGGCGUAUCUCGGUCAAAACCAUGUAGACAACCCCAAAAACCCUUCCAUAGUAGAAUCAGGAAAAGGCCCCUACAUGCAACAUUCCAUCGAAUGAAUAAGCAAUUAUGGAUACAUGAAACGUUUCACGAAUUCACGAAGUAACGCGAAGUCAACAUGUCAACGAACCCCAACUCCAGCGCCAGCGUCAGCGUCAGCGCUAGCCCUCAGCUGCCACAAGUUCAGGCAGCAGCCUUUGCCAUGCAACCAUGCAACCGUAACCGGCAGAGAGAGGUGGUGGUCAGGAGCAGCGGCAUCGGCAUCGGCAGCUCCUCGCAGCGUAACCUGCUCGAGUUUGUGUGCAUCUGUGUUGCGUGCAUCGCAUGCUAUUACAACAGCACACAGUGCGGACUCGUGUUCGAUGACAUCAGUGCGAUAAGGGAUAACAAGGACCUGAGGCCCCACACGCCACUGCGUAAUGUGUUCCUUAACGAUUUUUGGGGCACACCGAUGCGCAAAGAGCAGUCCCACAAGUCCUACCGACCGCUCACAGUGCUGACGUUCCGCUUCAACUACUUGCUGCAUGCACUGGAGCCGUUUGGCUACCAUCUCGUCAACCUGCUGCUGCACUUGAUGGUCUGCCUGCUGUGGCGUCGGGUGUGCCGGCUGCUGCUCCGCCAGUGUGCGGCCGUGGGCAGUAAUGCAACAUCGUCCUCGCUCAACACAUGCGCCUUUGUGGCCUCGCUGCUCUUUGCCAUUCACCCGGUGCACACGGAGGCCGUUACUGGCGUCGUCGGCCGCGCUGAAUUGCUCUCUUCCAUCUGCUUCCUGGCCGCCUUUCUCAGCUACGCGAAGUCCGUCGGCGAUUCUGGCUGCACGCGACGCACCAAUUGGCUGGGACUGUUCCUCUGCUUUGGCAGUUGCCUUUCGGCCUCCAUGCUGUGCAAGGAGCAGGGCAUCACCAUUGCCGGAAUAUGCGUCGUCUACGAGCUGUUCGUCGUUCAUCAACUGCGACCGCUGCAUUUGUGCCACUUUGUGCUGCGUUUCUUUGAGGAGCAGCCCGACCAGCAGCAGUCCCCCAAGCUGGGCAAUUUGUCGGGCGCUCGUCGCUGGUCGUCGUCGGCUCUGUGGAAACGCUUGUGCUUCCUGGCCGGCAUCACGGUGGCCCUUCUGGCAGGGCGUGUCUAUGUGAUGGGCUCACAGUUGCCCAUUUUCACGCGCUUCGACAAUCCAGCUUCGGCGGCAGAUACGCCCGAACGGCAGCUCACCUACGGCUACCUCAUCUACCUAAACUGCUGGCUCCUCCUGUGCCCCUCUCUGCUCUGCUGCGACUGGACCAUGGGCACUGUUCCGCUUCUGGAGGGAUUCGCGGAUGCCCGCAAUGUGACCACUCUGUGCACCUUCCUGGCCCUGGGAGCGCUGGUGGCCAAGGCCUGCUUCACCCGCAAUCUGGCCCAAUCGCGGACGCUGCUCAUGUGCCUCGGGUGGAUGGUGCUGCCCUUUCUGCCGGCCUCCAAUCUGUUCUUCCCGGUGGGUUUUGUGGUGGCCGAACGCAUUCUGUACAUGCCAUCGAUGGGCUACUGUCUGCUGGUGGCCUACGGCUUCGAGCAGCUGCAGCGACGUUGGAGCCUCAAAUGGAGGACCUUGGGACAGCUGGCCCUCGGCGUUUUGCUGGUCUCCCACGCCCUGAAGACCCAUCAACGCAAUCGCGACUGGCGGACGGAAUACUCUCUGUUCAUGUCCGGUGUGCAUGUGAAUCAGCGCAACGCCAAGCUCUACAACAAUGUGGGACACGCCCUGGAGAACGAGGGAGGGUACGAGGAGGCCCUGCUCUACUUUCAGCAGGCGGUGCGCAUUCAAACCGACGACAUUGGUGCUCACAUCAACGUCGGCCGGACGUUCAACAAUCUCAAGCGCUACGCGGAGGCAGAGCAGGCCUACGUGAAGGCCAAGGCUCUGUUUCCGCAGGCCAAGCCAGGAGUCAGCUAUCAUGCGCGCAUAGCGCCCAAUCACUUGAAUGUUUUCAUCAACCUGGCGAAUCUCAUAGCCAAGAACCAGACACGACUCGAGGAGGCCGACCAUCUCUAUCGCCAGGCCAUCAGCAUGAGGAGUGACUACGUUCAGGCCUACAUCAACCGCGGCGACAUUCUGAUGAAGCUCAAUCGCACGGCCCAGGCGCAGGAGGUGUACGAGCAGGCUCUGCUGUAUGACAGCGAGAACGCGGACAUCUACUACAACCUGGGCGUGGUAUUUCUGGAGCAGGGCAAGAGCCAGCAGGCUCAGGUGUAUUUCAACAAGGCCAUCGAGCUGUAUCCGGAGCACGAGCAGGCGCUGCUCAAUUCGGCGAUUCUGCUUCAGGAGCUGGGGGGCGAGGAGGCGCGCAAGGUGUCCCGGUCGCGCCUGUACAAGGUGCUGGCCAAGGAUGAUCACAACGAGAAGGUCUACUUCAAUCUGGGCAUGCUGGCCAUGGACGAGUCCAGCUUCGAAGAGGCGGAACAGUUCUUCAAGCGAGCCAUUCACCUCAAGUCGGACUUUCGCAGUGCGCUCUUCAAUCUGGCCCUGCUGCUGGCGGACACGAAGCGGCCCCUGGAUGCGGUGCCCUACCUCAACCAGCUGAUACGCCACCACGCCUCGCAUGUGAAGGGCCUCAUCCUGCUGGGCGACAUCUACAUCAAUCACAUGAAAGAUCUGGAUGCGGCCGAGAAAUGCUAUCGCAGCAUCCUUCACUACGAUCCCCAGAAUACCCAAGGACUGCACAAUCUGUGCGUGGUGUUUGUGGAGCGCAAGCGACUGGCCAAGGCCGCUGUCUGCCUGCAACAUGCCCAACGACUGGCUCCCGCCGAGGACUACAUUGGUCGCCACCUGCAGAUUGUCCAUUCGCGACUGCAGAAAAUCAACAAGUUACCUGAGUCGGCGCCAGAGCGGCAGCUCGCGUACGAGGACUACGAUCCGCACGAGUUUAAGCUGCCCCAGGAUGGGGCAAGUCCACACAAGUCUCGCAAACGGUCAUAGCAAAAGCGGGCAUAAAACGGCGCAAAGAUAAUGUAUAAUGUAUAAAGACAAAAGCCUAGCAUAAUUUUAUGUUGAGUGAUGAGUAUCUCGCAUUCCGUGAAGGGUUCAGAGUCUGAUUAAGCAUAAAGGAUAUUCCAUGAUGCUAUUCCCAGAGUACAGUACUCUCUCGUUUAGUUAUAAACAACUAUAUACAACUAUUGUGCUCACUGUUUGUGGCACACUUUCAAUGUGAUGGAGCCGUCAACUGAAAAAUGAGUGAAAAAUGGUUAUUUAUUAUGUAAAUACGCGUCUAUAAUUUGUAUUGACAGCUGGGAAACUUGCAUUUACCUUUGCAAAAACUCAAAAAUAAAUGUACUUAACGAUAACUUAAAGAAAACAUCAACUAAGCUAAAACAUAACUUUACCAUGGGUUUCCUCCAAAUAAAAUAAAAAUAAAAAUUA